AUGGAGUCUCUCUUCGCAGUGCUUUCAUAUUUGUCAGCGGAUGGCGAAACUAUCUUCCCUUGUGAUACCUGCGGAAGACAAUAUCGAAGAAUCAUAAGUCUUCAGCGCCAUAAGAAGUUUGAGUGUGGGAAAAAACCUCAGUUUGUGUAUUACUGGUCACAUCUUCAAGCAUCCUCUUCAGUGAUGCAUGUUGGAAACAUGGAAUCUUACGCUGGUUCUCGAACGAGCCAAGUUGUCUAUCAACCAGUGAGAACAGCACGAGGACAAUCUUCGUACAAAUGUCCAAAUUGUAGUCGAUUCUACAUGCGAGCUUCUUGUUUGAAAAGGCAUCUCCGAGUCGAAUGUGGACAAACCCCAAAAUUUCAAUGUCGAAUUUGCCAGGGUUGGUUUAAAUAUAAGCAUAAUCUUGCAGCUCACAUGAAACUUCAUGUCGAGGAACCCAAGCAUCAUUAUGACUACGAUAGUUUCAUUGAAGAGACUGCUGAUCUGCCAUUGCAAGCUUUGAGGAUGGAUAGUAGGCAUUUUGCUGAAUUAAAAAUACCGAAAGCUCGAAACUUGACAGCAAACAGAAGCUUGACAAUAAAGAAAUCGAAUGGCAAAUUUGUAUGCGUCCAAUGCGGAAGAUCGUAUAUGAGAAAAGAUUCUUUGCAAAGACAUGUUCAAUGGGAAUGUCUGAAGGAACCUUCUUUCCUCUGCCCUUUUUGCCCUCAAAAAUGCAAGCGAAAGGCUCAUUGGCUGAGACAUAUUCGACGUCAGCACGGGGACGAAGUUGAUGAUAUCGAAAGAUUGGCAAAUUAUACACCCAAUCUCAAUAUGAAGUGA